AUGGAAGACCUGAUUCCCAUACUUUUGCAGUACAUUAAAAGCCGUGAGAAACAUGGAGGAUAUGUGUUAUUGGUUGAUCACAUUGCUCGCACUUUUGAUGCACCUUUCCUCAUCCAUGAGUUCAUCCGUUGUUCCACUGAGCUUCCUUUGGGACGUGAACUGAUCAAGUCUAGUGGAACAAACCUUUCUUCAGCAUCUCUUGUUGCUCUUCAGGAGUUCUACGAAGUUAAAGUGGAUGGAUCAGCUCACAGAGCCAGGGUAGAUGUGAACUCAUUGACCCAGAUACUUCCAAUGUUGACCCCUGAUCUGAAGCUGACCUCGUCAGAAAAUCAUUAA